AUGUCUUCAAUUGUCGACGGUCUUCUAACUUCUGACAAUCCAGAUCUCGACCUCGCAGCAGGCUCCCGUAAGAAUGGUGCCCCAAAAGUGUCCAACGGUCGAAGCCGAAGCGCCCAGCGGUCGUCAAUACCACCAUCAGAGAGCAAUGGAGCGCUCAGCGAUGUUGAAGGUUUCCCAGACGAUGAGAUUGUCGGUGUGCGAGGCACGGAUCGGAAUAGGCCUCGAGAUCCUAUGGCACGAGCUGUGCCCAAGGUAGUGGACAGAGUGGGCGAGAAAGUCGCUGAGGAAUUUGAGAGCUUCCUUGACCAGUUCAUCGAGGAUAUCACAUUAUCCGGCGCUCCACCAUCAAGCGCGGUCACAAGCGAUAAAUACUACGUUGCCCAAAUUCACGGUCUCCGAAUCUAUAACCUUUCCACCCUCUACGUUGAUUUCCAACAUCUCCUGUCUUUGCAGAAUCAGACUCUGGCAAAUGCCAUCGCAAACGACUACUACCGAUACCUUCCCUUCCUCACCCGGGCUUUGCACAAUCUGAUCGCGAAGUACGAGUCACGGUACUUUAAGGAACACAGACAGCCCACAAGCGCUUCGUCGCAGACUGGAACAUCCGUUGCCGGCAAUGGGGUCAGUCAGGCCGAGACCCAAGGUUCAAGGACCACGAAUCAGCAGACGGAUAAGCUGUUUACAUUGGCGUUCUACAAUCUACCUCUGAUCUCAAGGAUACGGCAGCUACGAACUGCCUCCGUCGGCAAGCUGCUAUCCAUCUCAGGGACCGUGACGAGGACCUCAGAAGUACGGCCGGAGCUCUACCUUGCCACUUUCAUCUGUGAGGGGUGCAGAACAGUGAUCUCCAACGUCGAGCAGACUUUCAGAUACACCGAGCCCACACAAUGCCCCAACUUGACAUGUGGCAACCGCCAAGGAUGGCGUCUAGACAUUCGACAAAGCACAUUCGUGGAUUGGCAGAAGGUCAGAAUACAAGAAAACAGUUCGGAAAUACCCACAGGAAGCAUGCCUCGAACGAUGGAUGUCAUUUUACGAGGAGAGAUCGUGGACAGAGCGAAAGCGGGAGAAAAGUGCGUCUUUACUGGGACGCUGAUCGUGGUGCCUGAUGUGAGCCAGCUUGGACUUCCCGGUGUUCGGCCAGAGGCCACAAGAGACAACCGAAACGCACCGAGAGGAGGCGACGCAGGGGGAAGUGGAGUCACAGGUCUCAAAGCCCUGGGAGUCCGCGAUCUAACGUAUAGAAUGGCAUUCCUAUCAUGCAUGGUAACACCAGAUACUUCGACACCUGGACAGGCAGCCAACCAACAACUCAACGGGCAAGCUGGGAACAUUCUAGCCUCCUUGAACCAAACUGCCAGCAUCGACCCUCAGGACUCGGGCGAUCACGCCCAGGAUGCGUAUCUCCAAUCAUUGACAUCCUCCGAAAUCGAGGAUCUGAAGCACAUGGUGCAUAGCGAUCACAUCUACUCGAGGCUGGUAAACUCCCUGGCGCCGAUGGUCUACGGUCAUGAGAUAGUCAAGAAAGGUCUGCUACUUCAGCUCAUGGGCGGUGUCAGCAAAGUCACUCCCGAGGGCAUGCAAUUGAGAGGAGACUUGAACAUCUGUAUUGUUGGAGACCCUAGUACUAGCAAGAGUCAAUUCCUCAAAUACAUCUGCUCUUUCCUUCCUCGCGCAGUUUACACAUCUGGUAAGGCCUCCUCCGCAGCUGGUCUCACAGCAGCGGUGGUCAAGGAUGAGGAGACUGGCGAGUUCACCAUUGAAGCUGGUGCUCUCAUGCUUGCGGACAACGGCAUUUGCGCUAUCGAUGAAUUUGACAAGAUGGACAUUGGCGACCAAGUAGCUAUCCACGAAGCUAUGGAACAACAGACGAUCUCGAUUGCCAAAGCUGGCAUCCAAGCGACCUUAAACGCGAGGACGAGUAUUCUCGCUGCUGCAAAUCCAGUGGGAGGACGGUACAAUCGGAAGACCACGCUGAGGGCGAACAUCAAUAUGAGCGCACCAAUCAUGAGUCGUUUCGACUUAUUCUUCGUGAUCCUAGACGAGUGCAACGAGAGCGUCGAUCGGCAUCUUGCAGAACACAUCGUUAAUAUUCACAUGUUGCGAGAUGACGCCGUGCAGCCCGAAUUCACUACCGAGCAGCUGCAGCGCUACAUCCGCUUCGCGAGGACGUUCAAGCCAGAAUUUACUCCUGAAGCCAAAUCGCUGCUGGUGGAAAAGUAUAAAGAGCUUCGAGCUGAUGACGCCCAAGGCGGUAUCGGAAGGAACAGCUACCGCAUCACUGUGAGGCAAUUAGAGAGUAUGAUUCGUCUGAGCGAAGCCAUUGCAAAAGCCAAUUGCGUGGAUGAUGUGUCGCCCAACUUUGUCAGAGAGGCUUUCAACCUCCUCCGCCAGAGCAUCAUCAGCGUUGAGAAGGAUGAUGUAGAGGUUGAGGAUGACGAAGUCGAAGUUCUCAACAAUGGCACCGCCAACGGGCAUGCCGACGGCCCUGACCGAGACGGCGACUCUCCAAUGGCAGACGGCGACGAAGACGACCAAGACGGUGACGACCGGCCGGACGGCGCAGCUGGGCGAGCAUCGCAGACGCCUGCCCCGCAAAGCCGAAGAACGAGAAUCACCUAUGACAAGUACAUGGCCAUACUCAACCUGCUGGUGCGGAGGGUGAACGAGGAUGAAAUGACGACGGGCGAGGGUGUAGAGCACGAAGAGCUCGUAACCUGGUAUCUCGAGCAGAAAGAAGACGAGCUCAACAGCGUGGAGGAGGCGGAAGAGGAGAAAGAGUUGGCACGAAAAGUCAUCAAGCGGAUGGUGAAGGACAACAUCUUCAUGCAGAUACGCGGGGAGGGUCUCGACGGUGAUGAAGGAAGCUCUAGGGAUGCAGAGAAGGUAGUCUAUGUCCUGCAUCCUAAUUGCGCGGUCGAGGAAAUGUAA